AUGACUUAUCGUUCUUAUUUACCGCGAUCUCGAAAGCGGAAAGCAAUGUCAGGAGCUGCUCCCAAGAAAAAACUAGAAGAAAGUGCAAUGAUAUCAAAUGUGGCGGAAUUGCAAUUAAAACCAGCUCCCGAGAAAAAAUCAAAACCAUUAUCCGGAGGAGAGUUGCAACCAGUUUCUGAGAACAAAGAUGUGCAACCGGUGGGAGAUUUCCUAAUUCGAAUUACUCAGAUGAAACCAUGUGAUCCAUGUGAACUCAUUUUAUCACUGCGUGUUUCUGACAAUGAUUCACCAGCUUCAAUUAGACAUGUGAUAAUACAUAGGGUGAAAGGGAAGGAGGGAAAAACUGAAUGGCUAACAAAUCAAGAAAAUAAAUUUGAUUCUCUUAAAGAACUCAUUGAUUCAUAUAUCUCUAGCAAAAAACCAGUCAAUCCUGAGAUAAAAACAUCUCAAUUAAUUCGGCCAAUAGCACGACAACCGUGGGAAUUUUUACAUGAAAAUAUUACAUUGAAAGAGAUGAUUGGAGAAGGACAGUUCGGUGAGGUUCGAGCAGCUGAAGCGUUAAUAGAUGGCAAAAAAAUACCUGUAGCUGUUAAAAUUGCAAAAACAAUAAAAGAUCAGAAGCAUAUGCAACAGGCAAAAGAAAAAACACGGGAAAUGAUGCAUGAAGCAAGAUUAAUGCGAUAUUUUGAUCAUGAAAAUGUUGUAAAAAUCCAUGGCGUUGCUGUUUGUCGUCAACCAUUGAUGAUUGUCAUUGAAAUGAUAAACGGUGGUUGUUUAACGGAAGUAUUGGAAUCUCGAAAAGGGGAUAUUAAUGAGAAUGAAAAAAUUGAAAAUAUGUCACUCGGAUCAGCCCGUGGUCUUGAAUAUAUUCAUGCGCAAAAAAUCAUUCAUCGAGAUAUUGCGGCUCGUAAUGUAUUGUAUACGAACGAUCGGGUAGCUAAAAUUAGUGAUUUCGGGAUGUCGAGAUAUGGCGAGCUUUAUGCGAUGUCAAAAGGGAACAAGAAGGUACCAUUGAAAUGGACAGCACCGGAAAGUAUGGUAACAUAUCAGUACACACCUAAAACGGAUGUCUUCUCAUUCAGCAUUUUGCUAUGGGAAAUUUUUUCGGAUGGUGAAGAACCGUACAAAGGGAUGACAAGCAUUGAAGUAAAACGAAUGGUGGUAAAAAUACUGGAAGAGUUGAUAGAACACAGGCGUACGGAGGAAUCAGAGAUUUAUAAUUUACAUUCUGCAGAGAAAAUUAAUUCAAAAGAUGAUAUAGAUGACUCGGAUGAACUUUCCCGGAGUUCCAUUUCUCAGGAAAUGUUUCAAUACUCGGUGUUGUUAUUUACAAUAUUUCAUAUGCUGUCGGAAUCCGAUAGAAUUCUUGAAAAGAUGCAAACCAUCGCAAUCCGAGGACAAUUAAAAUGUGGUGAAAAAAAUGUUGUCAAUACAACAGUUAUUUUAGGGAUAGACAUCAGAUUUGUUAAUGAGCAAAUUUUGGCAAUUGCCAGAACAAAUACAACAGGAUGGUUCGAACUGAAAGCAACUAUUAUAUCAGCAGAUAUUGUUAGACCAUUUUUUUAUGUCAAAGUUGGUCAAUCAAGUGGAAUUAAGUGCAGUCAACGUUACAAACAAACGGUGCCAUAUGAAUUCAUAACAAAGUACGGUCAACCGGAACGAUGGUAUGAUGUUGGCAUCAUCAAUUUACAAGCCAUUUGUGUGAAAUUGCCAAAUGAAACAAGUUGCGGGAACAAUAAUUUCUAA